AUGGCGUCUUCGGAACCUCUCAGCGUGCUGAUGGUCGGCACCGGCGAGUACACCACCGGCUUCGUCGGCGGUGGCAUGUCCGGCUCCGACAAGAAGGUGGGCGUCGUCGGCUUGACGCUUUUCGACCUAAGGAGGCGAGGCAAGGUCGGCAAGCUGAGCAUGGUUGGAACCACUGGCUCAAAGUUCCCCGCCAUCAGACAGCACCUGGAGACCAACAUCACCCAGGUCUACAACAACCUCGACACCUCUUUCGAGUCGUACCCGGCCAACGACGCGCGGGAUCCCGAGGCAUACAAGGCCGCCAUCGACGCCCUGAAGCCCGGCGAUGCGAUCACCAUCUUCACCCCGGACCCCACGCACUUCCCCAUUGCGCUGUAUGCCAUUGAGCGCGGGAUCCACGUCAUGAUCACCAAGCCGGCGGUCAAGACGCUCGAGCACCACCUCGCGCUGGUGGAGGCCGCCCGCAAGCACAACGUGUUUGUGUACAUUGAGCACCACAAGCGCUUCGACCCCGCAUAUGCCGACGCCAAGUACAAGGCGCAGAAGCUCGGCGACUUCAACUACUUCUACAGCUACAUGUCGCAGCCAAAGUCGCAACUCGAGACGUUCAAGGCGUGGGCCGGCGUCGAGUCGGACAUUUCGUACUACCUCAACAGCCACCACGUCGACAUCUGCGACUCGAUGGUGUCGCAGCUCGACUUCGUCCCCGUCAAGGUCUCUGGUUCCUCGGCCAAGGGCAUCGCCACGGGCCUGGGCUGCCACGAGUCGACCGAGGACACCAUCACCGUCAUGGUGACCUGGCAGAAGAGGAGCGACCCGAGCAAGAUUGCCACGGGCGUGUACACGGCGUCGUGGACGGCGCCCCAGAAGGCUGGUGUCCACUCGAACCAGUACUUCCACUACAUGGCCGAGAAGGGCGAGGUGCGCAUCAACCAGGCCAAGCGCGGCUACGACGUUGCCGACGACUCGGCCGGCCAGCUCAUGUGGUACAACCCGUUCUACAUGAAGUAUGCGCCCGACGAGGAGGGCAACUUUGCUGGCCAGGGCGGCUACGGAUACGUGUCCUUUGAGAAGUUCAUCGACGGCUGCGCCGGCGUCAACUCUGGCAAGCUGAAGCCAGAGGACCUCGACGCGAGAGGCCUGCCCACCCUCAAGAACACAAUCGCCACCACGGCCAUCCUGGAGGCCGGCCGGAGAGCCAUCGACGAGAACCGGGAGAUCAAGAUCGAGAUCUCCGGCGACGGUGUGUGGAAGUUGGUGUAG